AUGUGGGUGAUUCGCUGGAAUGAAGUUCUGGAAGAGUCCGGAACAAUCCUGAUGUUUGCAUUCAGCAGGAGACCAGAAAGAGUCACGAUGGUACGAACAGGAGACCGAGGAGACGCACCACCUCCUCAUCAGCAGGAGACCGAGGAGACGACCACCUCCUCAUCAGCAGGAGACCGAGGAGAUGCACCACCUCCUCAUCAGCAGGAGACCGAGGAGACGACCACCUCCUCAUCAGCAGGAGACCGAGGAGAUGCACCACCUCCUCAUCAGCAGGAGACUGAGGAGACGCACCACCUCCUCAUCAGCAGGAGACCGAGGAGAUGCACCACCUCCUCAUCAGCAGGAGACCGAGGAGACGCACCACCUCCUCAUCAGCAGGAGACCGAGAAGACGCACCACCUCCUCAUCAGCAGGAGACCGAGGAGACGACCACCUCCUCAUCAGCAGGAGACCGAGGAGAUGCACCACCUCCUCAUCAGCAGGAGACCGAGGAGAUGCACCACCUCCUCAUCAGCAGGAGACUGA